UGUAUUUGUGGCACCAUUAUUCCACCGGAUCCUCGGAGCCAGUGCACAAUAAAAUUUUUCUUGUUCUUCUACAACCGACCGAGUACACACUAGUAUAUUUAUGCAUAUAUGUAAGUACUUGUGGUUUGGGUUAAGGUAGGUUUUUCUGAUGAAUGAACAAUAAUACACGUCCUUCUGUGCUAAGUUUGGUCGGUUUUUGAGUAGUGGUCAGUGGUGAUGUUUGAAAAUAUAAUAUAAAUAGAUACGAGCAAUCUAGAGCUAACAAAAUUCUGUUUGUUAUGUGAUAUGCCAUAAGAAGAGCCACAAGCAGGGGCACACAUGAGGAGAGAAGAAACAGUUCAAGAUUACACUAUCUUGUAUCCAGUGGUGCACGAAUAAAGCUGGCUUCCAGUUUAUCAAUCGAAACCUUUCACAAUAAUUAUUGGCAUUGCAUUGCUCAAAAGUCACACACUGGAACUUUCUAUUUUUAAGUCUCAAUACAAAUACUCUUGUCAUACGGAGAAAUACGGAAAGGAGAUACUAAACAUGAACAAGUCCACGUGCAUACUUGCUGCAGCCGCUCUCCUGGCGACUUUUGCACCUUGUUCGGAGUCCAAACCACGAUACCAUGGACCUUACAUUGUGAAUCGGUGGUACUUAAUGCAAGAGUUCAGUGAAACACCUCACACGGAUUGUGGGAGUGUCGCGUCCAUCCAAAACGUGGAAGUGAUUCCUUGCGACAGUGAUGUCUGCAACCUGAAGACUGGCACGAAUGUCACCAUCAACAUUAAUUUCACCCCCAAGGCGGACAUCGCCAAAUUGACUGCUGUGGUCCAUGGGGUUGUCGCUGGAGUGCCAAUGCCUUUCCAUUUCCCCCAAGUCAACGCUUGUCAGAACUCCAACAUCACGUGUCCCCUGCAAUCUGGACAAGGUUACUCGUACUCGGUUAAACUCCCGGUUCUUGGAAGUUAUCCAAAAAUCAAGGUCGUCGUCAAGUGGGAGCUUAAGGACGCGACUGGCAAGGACGUCGUCUGUGUCGAGAUUCCUGCCAGACUAGUCUAAAUUGUACAGAUACAUAUUUUUAUUUACAAUAUUUGCACAUUAUUGAAGCACUAACAAGACGAACAUAUUUUCCUCAAUUAUGAUUAUAAAAUUAUCAGUGUACUUUAUGUGAUAACUUAAUACGUACUUGCUAAAUGGAAACGCUGAAAAUUUCAUAAUAAAUUUUAAUUUAACCAUCAA